AGGCAGACAAAUAGAGAGCGCGCGUGAGCACGAGUCAGGAAGAGUGCGAAAGAGGGAGUACCAAAGACCACACACCCAAAUAAAAGAGAAAACGGUUGCAAAGGAGAGGAGGGGGAAUUCCAAAUCAAAGCCCAGUGCAUGAUGGUCAAUGAGAUCAAUAUAACUUACAAUCCGAAAUUUGUUUUCUCAAGGGAUAUCAUCAGGCUUCUGUGAAUUGCCAGUGGAGUGAACAAGUGAGUAGCCAUCCAAGUUGUUCUACCUUGGCCAUCUGUGACUUGGCUCCUUGUUGGACGGUCAGACUGUCAGAGCUGCUAUAGACCCGGUGCUGCCUGCAGAGAUGGACGCAGAUGCCAAGGACAAGGAGAGGAAAACCAAGAUCCAGUUCUCAGUCCCGUCCGCAAUGCCCCUUCAGCUGGACCCACGACAGGUGGAGAUGAUUCGGAGGCGGAGACCAACACCCGCUACGCUAUUCCGUUUGACAGACCAACCGUCUCCUGAGGAGGAAAACGACAAUCACCAGUGGGUCAUUGGGGAAAAUGGCGUCCUCACCAAGAAAAUUAAUGCGCAUGUGUACCAGCCUCCAUCACUCAAAGCCGUGCAGAGGAUGGCUCAAGCCCACAUGAAGUCUCUGGGAACCUGUGGCCCUGAAGAGACAGAUGACUUCUCUGGGGAGGAAAGCGAGGACUGUGAGGAGAGCGUGGAUAUAUCCCACGUCUCCACCACUGUAUACCCAGAUUCCCAGGAGGACCAAUCAGAGAGGUUCCAAGGGUCAAGGCUCAAUUCAGAGGGAAGAAUUGCCCACUUUCUUCACCUGAGAGUCCCACACGGAGAGGAGGAAGAGGAGGAGGAUGACGAGGAGAAGAGGGAAAAAGGGGGACCAAGGAGGACAAAGAAGAAGGGAGAAUGACAGAGCGCUGUGUGUUACAGAGAGGCGAUUCAGUAUACCGAGUGGCAAAAGAUUGACGAUCCAGAGUGAUGUUUCAUAAUUAUUAUACACUGCUCAAAAAAAUAAAGGGAACACUUAAACAACACAAUGUAACUCCAAGUCAAUCAC